AUGUACAAAAGAAUUGAAAGUGAUUUGGAAACUCGGCAUUCAAGAAUGAUGACAACCGAGGCCGAAGACAUUUGGCACACUCUUGCAGCGGAAUUAAUCAUGGAUAUAUAUUUACGGCAGCCUUCUCUCAGAGCCCGACUCGUAUCAUUACCGUUAAUACCAUUAAUGGAUGGCUCGUGGGUCAAUUCACGAGAUCAUGAGAUAUACUUUCCAUCUCGAAGUGGAGUAGCAAUACCUGCUGACUUGGUGGAUACUAUUCAUCCAGCUGCAGCCAGGAUGCCUUCUCGAGAAAGCCUUUUUAUAGAACUCGGUGUUCUGCGGCGUUCCCCAGAAUUUUUCAUUGAGAUGAUAUGGAAGGUUUAUUUGGAAGGCGGAGGAGCUUCAUAUCUUGCAUCCUCAAAAGAUCAUCUCAGCUAUCUCUACUGGAAUAACGAAGGCAUUCAGCACUCCAAAUACCAGGUUAUGUGGAUUUACGAUGACGAGAACAAAAAGGUGUCUUCGAGACGCAAGGUCAUCUACUUUCAAUCGGAUUAUCAGUAUAGCGCCAAGCAGCUUCUAAAGGCUACCAGUCACCCCAGAAACCCGGCUCGAACUUUCCCUCGUUGUUUGGUGCCAUUUCUUCAUUCGGAUUAUAUGAACCUGUUCCCUGCAUCUACUCGGCGAGGAGGCGUAUCAUGGUUAGACUGGCUAGAGAACUCCUUGGGAGUUCGUCACGUUCCUAGGCUGAAGUCAGAUGGAGGUUCUCUAUCUCAGGAAUUCCGACAUAUCAUAGCACGUCAGCCACGAAUGCUGGUAGGAACCUUGAAGGAGUACUGGGAUACCUACCAAGUUGACAUGUCUCCACCAAUUUGUCAAGAAAUUUGGCAGGCUGAGGUCGCGUGCAGUGGUAGCAGGGCCCUGAGAAAACUGAGAAGCACUUACAUGCCGCUUCCUGAUUUGAAAAACAAGGUCCAAGCGCUGGGUAUUUCGCGAGGAUUUCCGAUCUUGCAAAUCGAUGGAGCUUCAGAAGAGCGCAAUCUGCGCCGAAGCUGGAUAUUUCUCGAAGAGUUCCGUGUUGGUUUCGUAGACGAUCUUCGUUUCUACAUCGAAGUCGUUCGGCAACACGAAGCGCUGACACAGAGAACAUGGGAUACAACAGCACAAGAAAAUGUCAUUAGAUCAUAUGAAGCUAUCGCAGACCGUCAGACUGGAAAUGAUACAGAGCUAUUGAGACAGGUUUUUGAUGAUGACGACGUGUCAUUGAUAUUGCGUCCCAGAGCACUAUGUCCAAACUCCAAUAAUCCAUCGUGGACAGACACAAGAAGUUGUGUUUGGGAGGGUCCUGAAGAUAUUCUCGACCGAGAAGUGCUCGCACUUGUUCCUCAGUACAGGGACAAUGAAAAGCUCUGCCACUUCUUCACCCAGGUCCUCGGUAUCAAAGAUGCAGAUUGGGAAGACUACAUAAGAGUGUUAUCGACGCUAAAAGGUGAAUCGGGGAACUCAUCAACUGCACAAGGCAACUCCGAGAAAGUCUUGAGACUGUAUAAAUUGCUGUCAGAUGUUGAUCACGCACGUGAUCGGAGAGCAAUACGUACAAUAUUCGAGGAGGAGAGACUAGUAUAUCUGCCUGGCACGGAUGGAGGGUGGUUUCCGCCAUCUCAAUGCUUAUGGGACAGCCCUGUUCCAAUACAAGGAUGUGCGAUCAUCGGAAAUUUUUAUUCUGAAGACCUCAGGGAUUUCUUCAUAGAGUCCUUGGGAGUUUCACGGGCGACAUUGGACACGCUUGUGCUGGAGCUUAAGUUACUGUCAGAAAGAAAUCCUUCGGUUCAACAAGUGAAACAGUUAAUACGGGCUAUUAACGACAAAACCCCAGAGAAAGGAGAUCUCGACCGCCUGUUUGAAGCUGCUUUUCUUCCAGUAAAACUGUUUGACGUUGACGCUCAGAGGUUCACAACCGUACUUCGAUCGAUCGGCACAGAUUUUGCGGUCAUUGACAACAUAUCAAUUGCGAGAAACUUCGAACACGAGCACGAAGCCAAGUUUCUUGAUUUCACACUGGAAGAAGUUUUGCUUUUGGAUCGGUUCUUGAAAGCAUUGAGUCUUGAAGAUCGAUAUAUCUCGAUUCUUACUCACCAAGAUACAGCAUGUGCGGAUGAUGGUGAGGAGGAUAGACGUCUGACUUUUAAGUUUAGGACCGAGCUUAUGCACUGUUACGCUGCGCCUCCUCCUUUCAAAGUCCAAUCACGAGGACGGAUCCACAAUCACUCUAUCAGCAACUCUUGA